AUGUUCCACACCUAGCUGAGAAAGCAAUCUUUUAGAUUCAGCAAUAUUGCUUAGAAUUACAUUAAUGGAGUUUGGAAAACAUCAAAUGGAGGCAUAGCUUUGGAAAGAAAGUCCCCUUUGACUGAUGAAGUAGUUGGAAUAACAAAGUAAACAACCUAAGCGGAAUUCAAUGAGGCAGUUGAUGCAGCAAAAACAGCAUUUAAAACAUGGUCUUAGGUGCCAUUACCAACCAGAUAAAGAUAUAUGUUUGAGUAUUAAGCCAAAAUCAGAUCUAAAGUUGAUGAUAUUGCUAAUAUAAUAGUAGAAGAGCAUGGAAAAACUUUGGCUGAUGCUAAAGGUGAUGUAAUCAGAGGAUUGGAAGUUGUGGAAGCUGCUUGUGGAAUUACUCAUGUAAUGUAGGGUGAAACAGUGGAAAAUUUGGCCAAAGGUGUUGACACAUAUAGUUAUAGAGUACCAUUGGGAGUUUGCGCAGGAGUCUGUCCUUUUAAUUUCCCUGCAAUGAUUCCAUUAUGGAUGUUCCCAAUCGCAAUUGUAACAGGAAACACAUAUAUAUUGAAACCAAGUGAGAGAGUACCAGGGGCAGUCACCUAUUUGACCAAAUUACUAGAAGAAUCUGGAGUUCCUAAAGGAGUUGUCAACGUAGUACAAGGAGGUUUUGAAACAACAAAGCAUAUCUGCGAACAUCCUGAUAUUAAAGCUGUUUCUUUUGUAGGAGGAAAUAAAGCUGGUGAUUAUAUCUAUGAAAAUGCAUCAAAAACAUUUAAGAGAUGUCAAAUAAAUAUGGGGGCUAAGAAUCAUGGUGUAAUUAUGCCAGAUGCUGAUAAGGAGGAUUGUUUGAAUGCUUUGGCUUCUGCAGCUUUUGGCUCAACUGGCUAAAGAUGCAUGGCCUUGAGCGUUGCUAUUUUUGUAGGAAAAAGCAGAGAGUGGAUUCCUGAUCUGAUUGCUAAAGCUAAAUCUUUCAAAGUAGGACCUGGACAUGAAAAUAUUGACAUAGCUCCUGUUUCAUAUAAGGAAUUAUACGAAAGAAUUCAUUAUUUAUUGGGCACAGCAGAAAAAGAAGGAGGUAAAUUGAUUUUGGAUGGAAGAUCAUUCAAGCAUCCAAAGUAUCCAAAAGGUUAUUUUGUUGGUCCUACUGUUAUUGAUAAUAUGAACACUAAUAUGACAACAUACAAAGAAGAAAUCUUUGGUCCAGUUCUUAAUAUUUUGUAUGCUGAUACUCUUGAUUAAGCAUUAGAGAUUAUUAAUAACAAUCCAUGGGGUAAUGGAACAGCCAUUUUUACAUAAAAUGGAUCAAUUGCCAGAAAAUUCUAAAAUGAAGUGAAUGCAGGUUAAAUUGGUAUCAAUUUACCAAUCCCAGUUCCUUUGCCUAUGUUUUCUUUCACUGGAAAUAAGAGAUCCUUUAAUGGUGAUGCCAAUUUCUAUGGCAAAGCUGGCAUAAGAUUUUUCACUUAAAUGAAAACAAUCACUUCGAGAUGGAAGGAGCCAUCUGACAGCUAUACAUUAAGCACAGCUAUGCCUACAAUGAAAUGAAAAUAUAAAGAGUAAUAAAUCACAAAUCAUAUCAUUAUUUUAUUAUA